AUGGAUGGAGCUCCAACGGCUCUCGCCAGGCCCAACUUGAAACGCUCGACGACGCUUCAAGGUUUCUCUGGCAAGGUCGGGGAGCUGCACGCUCCUCUGAUUUACCGGGCCACGACCGGGCCCAUAGAUCAUGGGAGGGAUGACGACAGCAGUGUUAAUGUGAGGAGCAGUGGUAGCCACGUCCAGCAUAUAAUUAUCGACUUUGCGAUAAGGAUACUUCUUGAUGAAGGUUUUCAAGGCCUCAAGAUCCAGAAGAUCAUCCCAGAGAUUCGAGUCUUGUCCGUCACCUCCGCCGCGGCUACAACACUCCCUCCGGAUAUUUGUAUCCAGUAG